AUGACGGGGCAGCGCGAAAUGUUGCGAGGACUGGUGAGGUGUGGCAAGAGGAAGCUGGCUCGGUUCGCGAAGGACGAGUCGGUGGGGUUGCUGCGACGAACUCUCCUACGUCAGUCGUUGAAGGCAUGGCGACGUGAAGAGAGGGAGAUUCGCAGAUGCACGCGCUUUGAACGACGAAAUUGGCGGAGUUUCUACAGGGCGUGGGAAGAAGAGGAUGACUUUGAGGAUCGAGAGGAGCUCCACGAAAUCCACGUAUACAAUCCGGACUUGGCGGCAGCCUUCGCAGCUCUUGACAAUGCUGGUGGGUGCGUGAAGGAGUGCUGUGGCAGUUGGGAGGAUGAGGAGGAUGAUAAUGGCACGGUAGAUUCGUUUUACCAUGGUGAAAGCGACCAGACCGUUGACCUGGUUUGGCGUGAUUUGGUGUCGUGCUACUUGGCCUGA